UCCAUCACCUAACCAACCAAACACCCCCCCUAUAAAAACUCUAAGUGGCUUUGUUCUAUCAGCACCACAAACCAAUCUUCUUCAUUAUCACUACUCUUAUUAAAAACAAGAAUAUUCCAAUUUAUUGCACAAAAAAUGGGCGCCCCUCUUCAAUUUCUGGUUUCGACGACAGGAUUCAUGUUCUUGACAUCAUUAAUCAUGGCUUUGUCCCUGUUUCCUCAGCCUGCUCAGGCCAUUACUCGACACUACGAGUUCAAUAUCAAAAUGCAAAAGGUGACUCGAUUGUGCCACACGAAAAGCAUAGUCACGGUAAACGGGAAAUUUCCAGGGCCUCGUGUAGUAGCAAGAGAAGGGGACCGUCUUGUAAUAAAAGUGAAAAACAAUGUAUCAAACAACAUAACAAUACAUUGGCAUGGAAUUAGGCAACUCCGAAGUGGAUGGGCAGAUGGCCCUGCUUAUGUUACACAAUGCCCCAUUCAAACCGGGCAGAGUUAUGUUUACAAUUUCACUGUCGUUGGGCAAAGGGGUACCCUUUGGUGGCAUGCUCAUAUUUCUUGGCUUCGUUCUACUCUUUACGGCCCUCUCAUCAUCCUACCAAAGGCUAACGUCCCUUAUCCUUUCCAGAAACCUUACAAGGAAGUCCCCAUAAUCUUCGGAGAAUGGUUCAAUGCUGAUACAGAAGCAAUAAUCAGCCAAGCGUUACAGACAGGUGGCGGUCCGAAUGUUUCCGAUGCCUAUACCAUCAAUGGUCUUCCAGGCCCCUUGUACAAUUGCUCUGCCAAAGAUACAUUCAAGUUGAGGGUUAAGCCAGGAAAGACUUAUCUCCUCCGAUUGAUCAACGCUGCACUCAACGACGAACUCUUCUUCAGCAUAGCAAACCAUAGCCUGACGGUGGUGGACGCUGAUGCUGUUUACGUAAAACCCUUUGAAACGGACACGAUUCUACUCACACCUGGACAGACAUCAAAUGUACUUCUUAAGACAAAACCAAACUAUCCCGGUGCCACUUUUCUAAUGACAGCAAGACCAUAUGUAACAGGACAAGGCACUUUCGACAACUCCACAGUUGCUGCCAUUCUCGAAUACGAAUCCCCGUUUCUUCACUCCGUUGCCUCAAUGAAGAAGCUCCCACUCUACAGAUCAAUACUACCACCACUAAACGACACUUCUUUCGUCACAAAAUUUGCGAAAAAGCUGAGAAGUUUAGACAGCAGAGAAUACCCAGCAAAUGUACCGCAGAAAGUGGACAAACAAUUCUUGUUCACAGUAGGGUUAGGAACAAGCCCAUGUGGACAAAACAACACGUGUCAAGGUCCGAACGGAUCAAGAUUUGCAGCUUCUGUAAGUAAUAUAUCAUUCGUACAGUCAACAACUGCUCUUCUGCAGGCGCAUUAUACGGGCCAAUCGAGCGGGGUAUACAGCCCGGAUUUCCCGUUCAGCCCGAAGAAUUGGUUUAACUACACAGGAAAUCCACCGAACAACACAAUUGUUGCAAAUGGAACGAAGCUUAUGGUGCUGCCGUAUAACAGUAGCGUGGAGUUGGUGAUGCAGGAUACGAGUAUUCUUGGUGCUGAGAGCCAUCCACUUCAUCUACAUGGAUUCAAUUUCUUUGUUGUUGGACUAGGGUUUGGGAAUUACAACCCGAAUACUGACCCGCAGAAAUUCAAUCUUGUUGACCCGGUUGAGAGGAACACUGUUGGAGUGCCAUCGGGUGGAUGGGUCGCCAUUCGAUUUUUGGCGGAUAAUCCAGGAGUGUGGUUCAUGCACUGCCACCUGGAGGUACACACGAGCUGGGGAUUGAAGAUGGCAUGGCUUGUAUUGGAUGGCAAUCUUCCCAAUCAAAAGCUUCUUCCUCCACCUUCUGAUCUUCCCAAAUGCUGAUUUUAUUCUUUUCUUAUUAAUUUUCUUAUUAUUAAAUUUAUUUUUUUAUUUUUGGUUUGCUUGGUUUUCUUCUGUCCUAACAUAUAUAUAUAUAUGUACUCAUGUAUGUAUACCUGAGCUGACUGGAUUCUCCCAGUUUUGCAGCAUUAUCUAACUUGAUUGUUUCUUUUGUAAUACUAUGUGUUGAAUGAUUUCAAUAAACUGAUGAAUGGCUUGGAUUUGUU